AUGAAGAAUGCUCCUCGGUUUUUGCUAAACCAGCAUCGGUUAAUAUGGGUUGAUAUCUCGCACAAUAGGUUGAGCGGAGCCUUGUCUUUCUGGUUGCCUGAAAAUAACACUGAUCUAAAGUUUCUGAACCUUAGGAAUAAUUUGUUUAUUGGGAAUCUCGACCCUUUUCCGGAGAAUCCUAUGAGUGGUAUGGUUUAUAUGGAUGUAUCACACAAUCGUAUUGAAGGGCUUCUUCCAAUGGAUCUUGGACUCCCAUCCUGUAACUUGUUCGAAGGCGAGCUCCCAUCCUCGGAAUUUGUAGAAAAUUGCAUUGAUCUAGUUGGUUUGAUGUUAAACAACAACAAUUUUAAUGGUGAAUUUUUUUCCACUCACUUUAACUUGAGUGGAGUACAAGUGUUGAGACUGGGGAACAAUAAGUUCGCCGGAAGUCUGUUAACAAAGAAGGAAUUCUAUAGUUCCAUGAAACUCUUAGAUGUUAGCAACAACAACAUGGCUGGGGAGAUUCCUAAUGGAAUAGAUGCUAAGUUCCUUUUAUUGCAGAACAAUUCUCUUGAAGGCCAAUUUCCACGUGAAGGAUUCUAUGAAGCGCAAAUAAUAGAUUGUCUGGAAACGUUCCUUCCCAACUUGGUCCACUUCUUCACUUACAAAUUUUUGUUAGGAAAUAAUCUUUUCGAUGUCUUGAUUCCAAGACAACUGUGUCAAUUAACAGAGAUAAGCAUAUUGGAUCUUUCCAACAACUCCUUUUCUGGUCCAAUACCAAGCUGCUUGAGUGAUUUACCAUUUGGAAGUGAUUCAAAUUAUUUCUUUGAAGAAUUUACAUUUUCUGAUGAGUCUAGAACUGUGGAUGUUCACAAUCUCCUUCAAGAACUUUAUGACUUCAUCAAUUUCUGGAAUAUUUCUGAGAUAGAUGCCAAGUAUGGGUGUAAGAUAGACUUUGUGAAAUUCCUCAAUAGUCUUGGGAAGCUGUCAUCCCUUCAUGGACUCAACUUAUUCCACAAUCAUCUGACAGGGCAGAUUUUGGGUUCGUUCUCGAAUCUCUCUGAAAUUGAGAAUAUGGAUUUGUCUUACAACAAUCUAAGUGGAAAAAUCCCAUCAAAGUUGGUCAAGCUUAACUUCUUGGAAGUCUUCAGUGUGUCGCACAACAAUUUAUCGGGCAGAGUUCCAGACAAAGGCCAGUUCGCGACAUUCGGCAUCAGCAGUUAUGAAGGAAUUCCAUUCCUUUCUGGACCUACCAUCAGGGAAAAACCACACGACAUUGCCAUCGGGUGA